UGGGAAAACACAGAUCCUGUUGAAAAGAGAUCACGAGUCUGUCUAUAGGAUACGAAGCUAUCAACUUCCAAAUAGACCAAUUGAGCGAACAGCGUUGUUUUUAAAGGUUUUUGCAUGAGCGCAUCGGUCAUCGCCGAAAGGCAUCAUUGGUGAGGGUCUCGGUGAGUAUGUGGAGGGGUUAACAUGGCGCCAGGUGAAUCACCAGGUUGUGCUGAAUCACAGAUUACAGAGCAAUCAAGCCAAGCUUAUGGAACCAGUGAGGACUGACGUGCUGACUGUAACCCCAUGGCUGGCUCCUAUAGUCUGGGAGGGGACCUUCGACCCCCUGGUCAUAGACGAGGCCUUCAGGUCCCACAACCUCACCAUUGCCACCACUGUGUUUGCUGUAGGGAAAUACACUCGUUUUCUCCGUGACUUCUUAGAGUCAUCUGAGAAGCACUUCAUGGUGGGGCUGGAUGUGCACUACUACGUGUUCACCGACCUGCCCGGCGAUGUGCCUAGCAACGUGACUCUUGGUGUCGGCAGGCUGCUCAGCAUCGUGAGCGUGCCGAAGUUCGACCGCUGGCAGGAGAUAUCCCUCCGCCGCAUGGAGCUCAUCCAGACUGCCAUUGAGGAUCACAUCCACCAGGAGGCGCACUACAUCUUCUGCCUGGACGUAGACAUGAGGUUCCAUGGCCGUGUGGGAUCCGAGGCGCUGGGGAGACUGGUGGCUGCCAUCCACCCCUGGUUCUAUAUGUACCCCCGGAGCCAGUACCCCUACGAGCGGCGGGCUGUGUCCACAGCCUCUGUACCUCAGGACCAGGGAGACUUCUACUACCAGGCCAACAUAUUCGGAGGAGUGCUGGAGGAUGUUCAUAGGCUGACCAAGACGUGCAGGGAGCACCUGGAGGUGGAUAAGUCUGUGGGUGUUGAGGCUGUGUGGCAGGAGGAGAGUCACCUGAACUGGUACCUGGUGAAGAAUAAGCCCACCAAGCUGCUGUCACCUGAAUAUGUGUGGGACGACGCUAGAGGACGGGACACCAAGGAGAUAAAACUCGUCCGCUUCUCCUCUGUCAUCAAGAACAAGGCAGAGGUCAGGGAGAACCCAUGAGAUGCAGCCCAUGCAAAACCCAGAUAGAUAUCUUUAGCUUAAACAGACAGAUUUCGAUAGCUUAAACAGACAGAUUUCGAUAGCUUAAACAGACAGGUUUUGAUCAGGAAUGUUUUAAUAUGCUAAUUAGACUUCCACCAGAGGUGAUGACAUUGACGCUAGAGUUUUAAAGACUCAAGAGCUAACUAUAUUUAAGCUCUUGAGUCUUCCUCAUCUCUAAGAUCUGCCACAACAAAAUAAUGAUGUUCAAGACAACUGAGCGUGUUGUUGGUGCCCACCCUAACAGCGACAUGUUAGCAUCCCCUGAUCUGUGAACAGUUUUUACAAUUAUUAUGAUGUGAAGCCCUUUAAUACUUGUAUUGAAAAGCGCUAUACAAAUAAAGUUUAUUAUUAUUAAGUUGA